UUCUCAUAUUAUUAAUUUCGACGCCAAAAACUAUUCAAGGAAGAGUGUAAAGUUCAGAAAUCUAUAUAAUAGAGAAUUUAAGAGGUGUCACAGAAAGGGUUCAAGUGUUCAUUUUUUGGGUACAGGGGCUCUUUUCUUUUGUGCCGUUCUACAAGGGUGUCUAUGGAACGAAACCAAACUUUGAGGGUCACAUUGCAACAUUACCUAAACGGCUAAACCUCACAAAAACCUCUUUAUCGGUUCUCUUCUCCUUUUCUUUUCUAUGUUCUGUAAUGUUCAGGAAUGGCUGUAAUUCAAAGUUGCUGCAGCUUUUCUCCAAUUCCUUCCUCGUCAAUUCGGUCCAGGUCACUCCCAUUUGAGAAUUUCAAGCCGUUUGACACCUAUAAAUCCAGGAGCUACUUCGGUUUGAGUUUAUGCUACUCCGAAUUCUUUCCCAGAACUGAUCACUUCUUCAACCCUAAUUAUCGAAUAAUCCGCACUAGAUGCUACCGCGGAGGCAGGGUUAGGGCAGCUGCUGGAACCGAUUACUAUUCGAAAUUGAAUGUCAGCAGGAAUGCGACGUUGCAGGAAAUCAAGAGCUCUUACAGAAAGCUAGCUCGCAAGUAUCAUCCGGAUAUGAACAAAGGCCCUGGGGCAGAAGAUAAAUUUAAAGAGAUAAGUGCUGCAUAUGAGGUCCUAUCAGAUGAUGAGAAAAGAUCUUUAUAUGAUCGAUUUGGUGAGGCAGGUUUGCAAGGAGAAUAUGAUGGGUCAGAUGGUGGUCCUCAGGGGGUGGAUCCUUUUGAAGUGUAUAAUACAUUCUUUGGCGGCACAGAUGGGCUCUUCGGAGGAAAUGGUGAACCGGGAGGCAUUAAAUUCAAUUUUCGAAACAUGGGAAAUGAGGAUCUUGACAUAAAGUAUGACAUUUACUUGAGCUUCGAAGAAUCAAUUUUUGGAGUACGACGGGAAAUUGAAGUUUCUUGUUUCGAGUCAUGUGAUGAUUGCAGCGGAACAGGUGCUAAAUAUGGCAGCCUGAAAACGUGCACUGAUUGUGGAGGUAGGGGAGGGGUGAUGAAAAGUCAGAAAACACCAUUUGGAAUAAUGUCACAGAUAUCUACUUGUCCAAAGUGCAGCGGGGAUGGCAAGAUAAUAACAGACCAUUGCCGCAUGUGCUGUGGAAAUGGGAAAAUGCGGGUAAAAAGAAGCAUGAAGGUGGUCAUCCCACCUGGAGUUAACGAUGGAGCCACUAUGCAAUUUCGAAGAGAGGGUAAUUUUGAUAAGAAAAGGGGAAUUUCUGGUGAUCUCUAUAUAGUCCUCCAUGUAGAUGAGAAGGAUGGAAUUUUGAGGGAUGGCAUUAAUCUUUACUCAAAAAUCAAUGUUGAUUAUACUGAGGCAAUACUUGGAACUAUAAUGAAGGUAGAAACAGUCCAAGGCCUGAGAGAUCUUCAAAUUCCUCCUGGCAUCCAACCUGGAGAUACAGUAAAAUUGUCGCACUUGGGGGUUCCAGACACUGAAAAUCCGUCUGUUCGGGGUGAUCAUCACUUUAUUGUGAACGUUGUGAUCCCCAAAAAUAUAAGUGAAACAGAACGUGGACUUGUGAAGGAAUUAGCUUCAGUGAAGGCAUUUAGAAAGAACCAGUCAGAAUUUUCUUACGACAGAACCGCAGGGACAUUUAAAGGCAAAUUCAAUGAACAAAGAAGUAGAGAUCAGAAAUACCGUGCUCCAGAACAAGGAACAGACAAAAAGGCCUCUUUAUGGAGUUCGGUUAAAGCCUUUCUAAGUCGAAGGCGGUCUCAAGAAGGAUUUGCAUCAGUGAGUUUGGACACAUCAGCAUCAUUGUGGAGGGCUAACAAGCAAAAUUCCUCAUCUAUGGCUUCAACUUUUGCUGUUUUCGUCAUUGCUUGCAUUUUUAUCCUUACCAAGACUGAUUACCACGGAUCAUCGGGAGAGAGGCACCAUUUAUCUCUUACCCGAAGGACUGAAAAGAAGGGCCAUAAUUGAAACGGUACAGGUGAGGUCAAUGAAAAGGUUCUAACAAAGUCAUACCUGCUGUAGACACGAGGGGUGAAUGCGCCGUAGAAGUUCAUCCUUUGUCUCUCGCAGUCUCGCUCAUAGACAACAGCAGAGUUUCAAAGCGUUUUGUUGGGGGGCAAAUUUGCCAAAUAAAGUUCAGUAUUAUCGUAUCCACCAUCACCUUUCGGAGAGCUGUGAACAUGCUUCUGCAAGGAGCCGAGGCAUUAUUUAAGGGGCCGGAGCUGGUAACCGGAGAGCUGAGGUUAGUAACGACAUAUUCGACGACUGCUCACGCCUCUCCUAUAUUUUUUUAGUGAACAGACGAAGAUAUUCCCUGCACAAUACAUCAUUAACUUAACUGUUGAGCAGUACAAUUUCUUUUUGACAAAAUCUGUUUGUUGUUAUCCUUGCAUUUACCUAUAAAUUGCUGUUGUGCCAAUUUAUGGUUUAUAUAGUGGGAAAAAGGGAUUGAUAGGUGGAAAUGUUAAUGGGUUGGGCCAUCCGACUUAUAACAGGCUUUUGAGUUUUUGUGUAUAAGGGCUUAUUAUGUGAGCCAUGCCUGGUGUGGGGUUAACCUA